AUGCCGCCCCCGGCCUCUUCCCCAGCAUCUUCCGGCGACAACACCUCAAUAAAGAACCGAACAGUCCAUCUAAAAGCCACAUAUUCCAACUCCAACUCCUCCGACUCUUCGAUAUCAUCAGCCGAAGCCUUUACACUUUCGACACCCCUCUCUCUCCCCGAAUCCGGCAUUACAGACCACAAAACGUCAUACCUACGCACCUUGCGUGAAGCAGUGUCCUCUCUUCAAGACAAUGUGAACAGCGAACUGACAAUGCGCAUGGAAAAGGAGACUCGCGAAGCGGCUGUCACUGGGGAUAGCAAAAAGGGUGGGAAGAGCAUUGCGGCUGCUGGCGUCGACGAGGCGAUCGAGGAGGAGAAUUAUGGGGAGGAAGUAGUGGAAGAUGAUGAAUAA